UUACUUUCGGACAUUUGGUUGGAUAGCAAGCAAACAGCGGCAGCAGUUUCUAAUUGGAACCCCAACAAGCCAUAGCAGCAGGCAAACUAUCUGAAAGCGAAAAACUUUUUACAAAACAUCGACAGAGCUGUGUGCCCCCCCUUUUUGAUUGGUGGUCGUCGUCGUCGGUCUGUCAUUACGCAAUUUCACGUAUCAUUUGUGGCAUUCAAAUUGGAAAGUUGUUUUGAUUGUGAUAUCGCAGAGGAUUAAUUGAGAGGAAAAAAUUGUGGAAACAUGCCUUGCCCUUUUCUAACUCGGCUUAGUACAAAUUUUGUACGAAGUUAUUCGGAAAAUUUGAUGCAAGCCUAUAGCCGUUAUUGUCCUGUAUUGCUCAAUAAUGGACAGGCGAUUUUGCCAGCAUCGAAUGAGGAUACCACUGCUCCGAUUGGUGGAGUGGCCAAUGUGAAGGUCAAUGCUGUUAGGAGUUAUGUGACUUCCAGUGCUAAUCCCAAGAAGGAGGAGGAAUUGAAGAAGGAACCUUUGUAUGAGACAACCAAUGUUGCACCCAAAGAGGAGAAUAAGAUGUUGAAUCGCAAACCAGCUACGAGCGCUGCUGCUGCUCAAACGAAACCAGAUCAAUUUGCCUAUGAGAACUUUUUCCAAGAGCAAAUUAUGAAAAAGAAGCAGGACCAUUCGUAUCGUGUUUUCAAAAAAGUUAAUCGCUUGGCUGGUUCAGGCCUAUUUCCCCAUGCCUUGGAGUAUUCUACGCGCGAAGAACGUCCCAUAACUGUGUGGUGUUCCAAUGACUAUUUGGGUAUGUCAGCCCAUGCUAAAGUUAAAAAGGCCGUGGCCGAUGCCCUGGAGUGUCAUGGCUCGGGAGCAGGUGGUACCCGUAAUAUAUCGGGUAAUUCCAUGUACCAUGAAAUGUUGGAAGCCCGCUUGGCAAAAUUACAUGACAAAGAGGCGGCCUUGCUGUUCACCUCCUGUUACGUGGCAAAUGAUUCGACGUUGUUUACUCUGGCCAAACUCUUACCCGGAUGUCACAUAUUCUCCGAUGCUGGUAACCAUGCCUCUAUGAUACAGGGUAUACGAAAUAGUGGCGUACCCAAGCAUAUCUUUAGACACAACGAUGUGGACCACUUGGAGAGUAUGCUGUGUAAAUUUGAUAAGAAAAUGCCGAAAAUUGUGGCGUUUGAGACGGUACAUUCUAUGACUGGUGAUAUCUGCCCCCUGGAGGAAUUGUGUGAUGUGGCCCAUGAAUAUGGUGCCAUUACCUUUGUGGAUGAAGUGCAUGCCGUGGGCCUAUAUGGUGAACAUGGUGCGGGCAUUGGGGAACGAGACGGUGUUAUGGAUAAAAUGGAUAUCAUUUCUGGUACAUUGGGCAAGGCAUUUGGCAAUAUUGGAGGUUAUAUUGCAAGUACCCAUAAUUUGGUGGACAUGAUACGUUCCUAUGCGGCCGGGUUCAUCUUUACCACCUCGUUGCCGCCCACCGUCUGCAGUGGUGCCCUUCAAUCGGUUGACAUUUUGGCAUCCGAAGAAGGUCAACAAUUGAGAGCUUUGCAUCGCAGCAACGUCAACUAUUUACGUAACUUAUUACGGUCCGAAGGUUUUCCCGUUGAGCCAACGCCCAGCCACAUUAUACCCAUACGCAUUGGUGAUCCCUUGAAGAGUUCAAAGAUAUCCGACCUGCUCAUGUUCGAAUUUGGCCAUUACAUACAAGCCAUCAAUUAUCCAACUGUGGCUCGUGGCGAGGAAAAGUUGCGUUUGGCCCCCACACCAUUCCACAAUGUCGACAUGAUGAAUCAACUGGUGAAUGAUAUGAAAAAAGUAUGGAAAAUGUUAGACAUGCCAUUGAAACCUGCUGCCCGUGAUACUGCUACUGCUACCAACAACCCGCCACAUGCCAACUUUAUGAAUGCCAAGAACAAUAUUAACGUUCUUAAUUAGAAAAAAUAAAAUGCAAAAACAAUAAAAAAACCUUACAAAAUAUAUACACUUAUUCAAUACGUGUGCAUGUUAAAUGUAUGUGCAUAUAUAUCAAAAUCCACAAAACAAUUCAUGGAUGAGGUUAAUCAAAAAAGGGAAACACUAAUACAUUCAGACUAAUAAAAUAUACAAAAUAAAUGGAAUAAAGUUCAUUCAUAUGCAUGAAA